UCGAAGUAGUUUCAGCCACAUCUAGCAUUGACUUGACUUGCAGGUUCAGUAACUGCCUGUCUUGAGAUGGCUUCCGCAGAAUGACUAGUAUUCCAUACUAUCACCAAGCCAUGACACAGUUUUGAAGAAUUUGAAGUCCCGAAGCGCACAAGGAGGAGCUCCGCGGAUCUACAUCGAUUACAGGCCAGAAAUCAUGUAGGUCUGAUAUUUCAUGGGUAAGAAGAACAAGGAGGACACCUCAAGUUGAAGAUCAUAGCCAGCUACUUGUGUUCACCGACAAACUAGCACACUCUCGUCAUGUCGAUAGCUCCAUGACAGUUCAGGAUCUCUAUGACAACAAGAACAGAGGUCAUUUUUUGGCUUAAUAAAAAACUCUAGCUAUUUGUUUCUCCAUACAUCUGGAUAUACUAUUAGAUGGGUGUUGAGAAAAAUAUGGAAGUAAGCUACCUGGAACUGUCACAUUAGCCUACGUUCAUAUUAGCGAGGUGGCAGAUUUUUAGUGUGUUUUGGCAAAUGCUAGCAGGAUACACUAAAGUUUAAUUAGUACAUCAUUUACCUCAUUUUCAGUUGCCAUCCUAAUUAUAUUGAGGAAAUAUAAACAGCUAGGCCACCACCCAACAGUGAGACGUUAGCACAUAUCAGAAAAUAAUGGCGGAGACUGUGAUUCUUCUAGCCAUUCAAAAGAUUGGAAUUGCCUUAGCAAAUGGAGCGGCAAACCAGGCCAGUGCACUGUUUGUGAAGUACGGCACGCAACUACUAAAAUUACAGCGCGGCAUGGAUCGUGUUGUGAGGGAGCUUCGUUUAAUGCAUGAAUUUCUGUGUCAAAUGGACAUUCGAAACCGCAAGAAACAAGCAUAUGAGAUCUGGUUGGGGGAGGUACGGAAAGUAGCACAUCUGAUGGAGGACAUGGUGGAUGAGUACUUGUAUCUAGUUGGUCAGGAACAUGAUGUUGGCUUUUUCUUUUUCCUGAAGAAUGGGUUCAAAAAGCCAAGAUCUCUACUUUCUUUGAACCAGAUAGCUUUUAAGGUGAAGGAAAUAGAGAAAGACCUUUCACACCUGUCAGAGACAAAAACCCGUUGGGUUCUCGUGAACAAUGAGGAUACUAGCAGCUCGGACUACAUUGUUAAGAGGUCCCAAGAGCUAGCAAACAUUUCACGUUGCCUUGAGGAGGAAGAUCUAGUGGGGGUCGACAAGAAAAGAGAAUUACUUCAGCAGUGGUUGGCAGGUGAUCAAUUGGAACGCUCUGUGAUAGCACUGCUUGGAAUGGGAGGGCUUGGUAAAACAGCUUUAGCUGCAAAUGUCUACAGGAAUGUGAGGGAGAAAUUUCAGUGCCAUGCAUGGGUCUCCAUCUCUCAAACUUAUUCUAGAGAAGAUGUCUUGAGGAAUAUAAUCAAGGAACUUUCUAGAGAUAAAGACAGUGUUCUAUCUAACACUGCGGGUAUGGACAUCACAUGCCUUCAAGAGACGCUAAAGAAGUUUCUGGAGCAACACAAGUAUUUGAUCAUUUUGGAUGAUGUUUGGACUCCAGAAGUAUUUAAUGAUUUGUCUAGGAUAUGUAUUCAUAAUGAGAAGGGCAGCCGGCUGCUAAUCACAACAAGGGUAAGCCGUGUUGCUGCGCUUGCCUCUCAAGGGUGCAUCUUAACACUCGAAGCUUUACCCGAAGACAAGGCACGGGAUCUCUUUUGUAAGAAAGCCUUUCCAAGAGAUACGAAUUAUGAAUGUCCAGUGAAGUUGAAGCCUUUGUCUAAUGAAAUAUCUAGCAAGUGCAAAGGAUUGCCUCUUGUUAUUGUGCUAGUUGGUGGCCUCUUCCUUGUGCAUGAGAAAACUGUGGAAGAAUGGAGAAGAAUAAAUGCCCAAUUAAAUUGGGAGCUGAUUAAUAAUCCGGGGUUCGAUCAUAUCAGGAAUGUUUUUCAUCUCAGCUUUAUCUAUCUUCCAACACAUUUGAAAAGUUGUGUCCUGUACUGCAGCUUAUUUCCAGAAGACUAUAUUUUCAAAAGGAAACAACUUGUACGGUUAUGGAUCGCAGAGGGGUUCGUCGAGGAGAGAGGUGAAUGCACAUUAGAAGAAGUGGCGGAGGGAUAUCUAAAGGAGUUGACUGACAGAAACAUGCUACAACUUGUUAAGAGGAACACUUUUGGUAGGGUGAAGAGAUUUAGAAUGCACGACAUCAUUCGUGAUUUGGCAGCUGAUUUGUGCAAGAAGAACUGUUUUGGUGUUACAUAUGACGAUAAUUGUGGGUUGUCUAUUGAGACAAAUGUGCGUCGAUUGGUACUACGCAAACCAAAGAAGGAUAAUCAUCAGCCUUCGGGUAUGCACCAACUUCGUACAUUCAUUACACUGGACAAAAUCAUGCCAUCACUCACUCUACUACCUCUGCUAUGUAAGGAGUCAAGAUAUAUGACAGUGCUAGAACUAAGUGGUCUGCCCAUUGAGAAGAUUCCAGAUGCUAUCGGUGAUCUUUUUAAUCUCCGCCAUUUGGGUUUACGUGAUACAAAAGUGAAGGUUCUCCCGAAGUCUGUUGAGAAUCUUUGCAAUUUGUUAACACUGGACCUUUAUGAAUCUGACAUACAUAAGUUGCCCAGUGGGAUUGUGAAACUAAAGAAGCUUAGGCACUUAUUUGCUGUGAUAGUAAUUGAUCGAGAAGGAAAAUUGUCUAAAUAUGGUGUGUGUUUCCCCAAUGGUCUUGGAAAUCUAACAAACCUGCAGACGCUGCAGGCAUUGGAAGUACAAGAGGAGUCUCUUAGACAUUUAGGGGAGUUGAGACAAAUGAGAAGCUUGAGGUUAUGUAAUGUGAAAGGAAUUUAUUGUGGGCGCAUCAGUGAGUCUCUAGUUCAGAUGCCGUAUUUGUCCUUCCUAGAUGUGAUUGCAAGUGAUGAGAACGAGGUUCUAAAGUUGAAUGUCCGCGUGCCAAGCCUGCAAAAGCUAACUUAGAGAGGGCGACUAGCGGAAGGGGCGUUGGACGAGACUCCUCCCUUUCAAGCUGGUAGGGGGCAGAACUUGUAUGAAUUGCAUCUAUUUUGGUCCCAGCUGAGAGAAGACCCCCUGCCACCCCUUUCUCGGUUAUCAAACUUGACGCGUCUAGAUCUCACCACAGCAUACAGCGGAGUCACUGGUUGGUUUCCCAAGCUAAAGGUUCUCUGCCUCAGAGACCUGCCUGAUCUGAGUCGGCUAGAGAUACAUCAAGGUGCCAUAGAGAUCCUGGAGGAAUUAAUCUUAAUCAACCUCAGCAGCAUGACGGACGUCCCACCUGGCAUUGAGUUCCUCACGUCCCUCAAGAACCUAGGUUUCUACAAGAUCAGCAGAGAUUUCUUGACAUCCCUGCGCCAGUGUCCUGCAAUUCGAGGGAAGUGGCGAUAUAGUCUCCGAGAUUGACCUGCUACUCUGGUCUGGAGACAAUGCAUGUACGUAAGGAAGGAAGAUGCCUCACCAACGAGUUAAGGCGCCGAUGCACCUCAAUCAAUAUGCACACAACAGUGCCGCUGCUGUUCUGCUUUACAGUCCGGAUUUCCUCUGCUGUUCCGAAAUGUCCAACUGCCCAUCUCCACCCCUAAAUUUGCUGCUACCUCCACUACGUACAGUGCUUCAUUUCUGCUACUACUACUGCCUGCGUUCACUACUGCUACCAUGUCCGUGCAUUGGGUUUCCUCUGCUGUUCGUGAGACGGCGAGUUUACUGGCAUUUGUGUGUUUCCAUAUUAAAACUAAUUUACGUAUGUGUGCUUAUUGUAAGCCUGCGACUGAGUCGUGUUUCCAUUUUCAGACCUUUUUUCUUUUUGCAUUACCUGUUUGAACUCUGUACUUCUAUGCAUGUGUGCUAGCUGAGAACUAUGUCGCCUAUUUCAGCAGUGGCUGUUAAAUAAAAGACUUGGUUUGUA